AUGUAUAUGGACAAGACCAGUCUGCUGCGGGACCAGGACCGCGGUCCAGGUCCGCCACCCCCCCCUGUGCAGCCAGAACCCCCGGAGCCAGAAGAAGCGUCGCACCUCUCGGGGGGGCCAGCACCUCAGACCAGGAGCAGACCCGCCCCGGGGCCCAAACCACGAGUUCCGCCCAAGCCGGCCUAUCUGCAGCAGAAAUCAGGAUUGAGGCCACGCCCCCUGGCCUGUCAGCCCCUCCCAUCUCUUCCCAGGGAGGGGAGGGGCCCAGAGAGUCCGCCCCCUGCGGGAGUCCUGUCACUCAUCGAGAAGUUUGAAAGGGAACAGCUCAUCGUGGUUCCUCUCAGACUCCCUGCUCCGUCACCUCCUCCACCAUCCUCAUCCUCAGCCCCUCCCCCGGAGGCGGAGGUCAAAGGUCAGGCGGAGGUCAAAGGUCAGGCGGAGGAGGAUGAGGCUGAGGAUGAGGAUGAGGCUAAGGAUGAAGAGCGUGAGAAGCGUCUGUCUCGGGAGUCGGGUUACAGCGCCUCCGAGAGACACCUGGACCCUCUGGUUACCAUGGAGAUGAGGGAUGAGGAGCAGCUGGGGAGCAGCCAAUCAGAUGCGACGUGCGAGCGCUUGUCCCUCCCCCAGCCCCACACAGAGGGCAAGGCGGCCAAUCGGGACAGCGGCAUCGACAGCAUCAGCUCCCCCUCCCACAGCGAGGAGCUCUGCUUCGCUGGCGGAGAGGAGGGGGGCGGGGCCUUCCAUCGUAGCCACGCCCCCCCGCGCCUCUCUAGCUCCUCCUCCUGUGGAGGGGAAGAGGGUGGGGGCGGGGCCAUUGGGCGGGCCCUAUCUGAGGACGGAGACAGUGACCUGGACGAGGUUGAAGAGAUCACCCUGGUCCUACCUGCCGAGGUGGAGCAGUACCAGGUGGUGCAGUGGUACCAGGUGCAGUGGUACCAGGUGGUGUACCAGGUGGAGCAGUACCAGGUGGUGCAGUGGUACCAGUUGUACCAGGUGCAGCAGCACCAGGUGGUGCAGCAGCAGGGCCCGCGGGAGCAGAGGGCUGACGGACAGCUGUCUGUCAGCCAGAGGGUCUUCAACAUAGCCAAUGAGCUGCUCCACACCGAGAUCGCCUACGUGUCUAAGCUCCACCUCCUGGACCAGGUAUUUUGUGCCCAGCUCAUGGAGGAGUCUCGAUCUCGCGCCUCCUUCCCUCCAGAUGUGGUGCAGGGGAUCUUCUCCAACAUCUGCUCCAUCUACUGCUUCCACCAGCAGUUCCUUCUGCCAGCGCUGCAGAAACGCAUGGAGGAGUGGCAUGUGAACCCCUGCCUGGGAGACAUCCUCCAGAAGCUGGCCCCGUUCCUGAAGAUGUACGGGGAGUACGUGAAGAACUUUGAGACGGCCAUGGAGCUGCUGACGUCCUGGACCCAGCGGUCCGUCCCCUUCAGGACCAUCAUCCAGGACAUCCAGAGAGAGGAGCGUUGUGGGAGCCUCAGUCUGCAGCACCACAUGUUGGAGCCGGUCCAGAGGAUCCCUCGCUACGAGCUGCUGCUCAAAGACUACCUGCACCGUCUGCCCCCCCACGCCCCGGACUACAGGGACACCCAGAAGUCUCUUGAACUCAUCGCAACGGCAGCAGAACAUUCUAAUGCUGCUAUAAAGAAGAUGGAGCGCAUGAGGAAGCUGUUGAUGGUGUACGAGCUGCUGGGCGGGGAGGAGGACAUCGUCAGCCCGUCUAACGAGCUCGUUAAGGAGGGACACAUCCUCAAGCUGUCCAAUAAGAACGGGACGUCCCAGGACCGCUACCUCAUCCUGUUUAACGACCGACUGCUGUACUGCGUCCCGAAGCUGCGUCUGAUUGGUCAGAAGUUUGGCGUCCGAGCGCGUAUCUACGUGGAGGGCAUGGAGCUGAAGGAAACCAGCAGUGUUGCCGUUCCAAGAACAUUCCUAGUUUCUGGAAAACAACGUUCACUGGAACUACAAGCCAGAACAGAAGAGGAGAAGAAAGAUUGGAUCAAAGCCAUCCAGGAGGUGAUCCAGAGACAUGAGCAGACCGUCGAGAGCUUCAGAAACAAUGAGUCCACACCCCCCCACUCCCCGGUGGAGCUGGGCAGGCGGGCCCCCACGCCCAUCAGAGAGAAGGAGGUGACGCUCUGCAUGACCUGCCAGGAGCCCUUCAACUCCAUCACCAAGAGACGCCACCACUGUAGAGCCUGCGGACACGUGGUUUGUGGAAAGUGUUCCGAGUUCCGAGCUCGUCUGUCAUACGACAACAACCGGACCAACCGCGUGUGUGUCGACUGCUACGCCACGCUGCUGGGAGUCCCGCCCCCGCCCGCCACGCUGACCAAUCUAACGCAGAGGAGACGAUCCAUCCUAGAGAAACAGGCGUCCCUGGCAGCAGAGAACAGCGUGAUGUGCAGCUGCCUGUACUACCAGGAGAGAGGAGGUGGGCGGGGCUGGCAGAAGGCCUGGUUCAUCAUCCCUGAGAAGGAACCCCUGGUGCUCUACAUAUACGGCGCUCCUCAGGACGUCAAGGCACAGAGGAGCGUCCCUCUGAUUGGCUGGCAGGUUUCCCUCCCUGAGUCAUGUGAUCGCCGCCACGCCUUCAAGAUGACCCAGAGUCACAUGACCCUGCUGUUCAGCGCCGAGGCGGAGGAGCUACAGACGCGCUGGAUGGAUGUCCUAUCACGUGCUGCCAAGGGGGAGGAGCCAGUCGCCCACAGUCCAAUCGCAGAGUGUCUGGACGAGGAGGGGGAGGAGCCAGCAGCAGAGAACACGUGA